CAUUAAAAUACCCUAUUAUUGUUGAAUUCCUAUGUCAAAUUCCCUUAUAAGUAGCUCAAACACCUCUAUAGGUAGAAGCUUGUUAUGUUAUCUCUUUAGAAAGUUGCAUAAGAAUAUAUGUAAGUGAAGCAAGAUGGCAGUAUCAAAGCCAAACUAUUUGAUGCCAAUUAUAAGCAAGAUGUAUUGCUCAUCAUCCCAAGUUGUUUUGGUGGUACGGCGGCGGCCGCAAGCCGUGGGUGGUGGUGGAUUUGUGGUUACUAAUUGUAGCCAAAGGGUUGUUUUUCAAGUUGAUGGUUGUGGGAUUCUUGGCAAAAAAGGAGAGUUGAUUCUUCGUGAUCAUGAUGCUGAACCCAUUCUUCUCAUCCGUCAAUUAAAGGGUGGGUUUGUUCAAGCAUUAAGCAUAUGCAAGAAAUGGAAAGGCUACUAUGAUUAUGAAGGGUAUGAAAGGUCUAUUUUUAGUAUAAAAGAACCAAAUCAAAAUUCAUGCUUCCCAACAAGCAAUGCAGUUAGAGUUUCAAUUGAACCCAAAGUUGUUGGGCGAAAUAAGGACUGGAAUUUUGAGGUUAAAGGCUACUUUCCUGACAAAAAUUGCAGCAUUGUUGACUCCUUUGGAAAUGUUGUGGCCCAGAUUGGAAUAAAAGAAGAAAUAAAAAGGGCCAUGAGUAACAAAGAUUUGUACCAUGUGAUGAUUCAACCUGGGAUUGAUCAAGCUUUUGUUUUUGGAGUCAUUGCUGUUCUUGAUUACAUUUACCAUGAGUCUACUUGGUGCUAGAUUCGUUACAUUCCCAGGAGAAAACAGUCUUAUCUUUUUUAUGACUUGUAUUUUAUUUUGUAGCUAAUUAAUAUUCGUAUUUCUAAGCUAACAAUUUAGUUUUUUUUAAUUAGUUUCUUGCACUGACCCGAAAAUUUGAGUACAAGUUUCUAUAAAUUUUCGUAUCUGAA